AACUGUGACUGUGCUUAGUGUUGUAAAACUUCAAAAGUCUUAUCGAUAGCUUGUCGAGCCCAUCACUAACCAGCACACCGCGAAAAAGCGACGCCGCAAUUUCAAUUUCAACAAAUUGGGAAAAGUGCAAAAGAACUAAAAAAAACAAUGGCCGACGUGGACGAAUUGGAUGCUCUGUCCAAUGCAGAGCUGCGGGCCAAGAUGCUCGCCCAGGGGCUGCCAAACAUUCCGGUGACGGACAGCAGCCGCAAGGUGCUGGUGAAGCGUCUGCGCGCCUCAAUUGGCGGCCAGGCGCCGCCUGUGGCAGCAGCCAGUCCGAAGAAGAGCAACCGGCGCGAGACCUUGGCGCCGUCUGCAGCUCCCGCAGCUGCCUCCACGCCAGUGGACAAACUUGAUGGCAACAAGGUUGCCCCAGCCACCAAGGCACGACGCACGAUUGCAGCCGCCGAGGCAAAGGAGGCUGAACGACGCCGCCCUGAGGAGCCGGUGGUCAAGAAGGCCACAUCUACCACAACUGCUGCUCCAGUUAUACAGACUAGACGGACCUCAACCUCGUCGUCCACGGCCUCUGAGAAGAAGGAGGUUAAGAAGCCUGAACCAAUCGCAGAGGAACCUGCAGCACCGAAGCGCACCAACUACCAUGAAAACACCCUGGAGGUUAACUCCCUGAUUGUCCUAGAGUCCGACGAGGAGGAAGAUGAGCAGCUGGUUCUGGUUGCUGAUCUCGUGGAGCAGCAAUAUUCCACCAAUGAGAAUCUGUCGAAGCCAACGAGCAGCGUCGGCACCACUUACGAUUACAGCCGAAAGCCAUCGUCUACUCUGGUUGAUCCACCACGCCGUCCGGCAUAUGAAGUCCCUGCUGUGGAUCCACCACGCCGUCCGGCAUAUGAAGUCCGUGCUGUGGAUCCACCACGCCGCCCGGUCUAUGAUGCCCCUGCCGUGGAUCCACCACCCCGCCAAGCCUACAAGGCCCCUGCAGCAGCUUCAUCUAAACCCCUUGUCGAAACAAUGACCAGUUCCUACGAUUACCAGAGCGUCCGCUCUGGACGCUACAGCAGCUAUGUGCGUUCGCCCGCCCAAAGCUAUGUUACGGCCGAGGCUGCCUCGGGAUCGAGCUAUACACGCACCUAUGCCAACGAGCUGAGCGAUGAAAACGAAGUGGAGGAUGCCCAGUACGAGAGCGACUUUACCCGGAAUCUGGCGCGUUUGAGAGCUGAGAGGAUCGGAGAUCGCAGCAGUCCCUACAGUCGACGCACUGUGGCCACUGGAAGUGUGAGCUACGAGCCGCUACCCAGGCGCUCUCUGCGCCCGGAUGAGAACAGCGUUUCGGUGGCCUUUGGCCGCUGGGUGAACAGCCUGGAGCAGAAGUACCGCAUCAAGUCAAAGCUGUUCAUCCUUUUCGUCAUCAUAUUGCUGAUCGGCGUCUAUUGCAUAUUUUUCUAGAACCAAAUCAUCACAUGAAUCUCUUCGAUAGUUUAUAAUGUCUGUUUGAAUUGUUUUGUAAACAUUGUAAGCCUUGUUUCGAUGGAAAUUGUUCUGGAGAUUGCCCAGCGUUAAGCCUGAAUGUUAUCCGUGUUCGAAUAAAGCCCAAUUGCAGGGAAUUGCCACAGA